AUGCCCGAUAAAAUUUGCUACGCCUCUCUCACCGACCCUUCCGUUUCUCGACACCGAGAUGGAUCUCUCCAUCUUCAUCCCCAACAAAGAGAAGAGCUGCUGAUCAUUCACGACACGGGUAUUGGCCAGACCAAGGCUGACCUGGUCAAUGAUCUAGGUACCAUCGCCAACUUGAAGUCUGGCACAAAAGGCUUUAUUGAGGCCCUCUCUUCUGGCGCCGACAUCUCCAUGAUUGGUCAAUUCGGUGUUGUUUCCAAACACAACGAUGACGAGCCAUACAUUUGGGAGUCUACCGCUGGUGGGACCUUCACUAUUACCCUCGACACCGUCAACCCCCCAAUCGGACGUGGUUCUGAAAUCCGUUUGUACCCGAAGGAGGACCAACUCGAGUACCUCGAGGAGAAGAAGAUCAAGGAGAUUGUCGCGAAAAAGUCCGAGUUCAUUUUUUACUCAAUCAAACUCGCUGUCACGAAGGAGGUCGAGAAGUUGAGGAUGACGAGGAGGAGGAGGCUGAUGCCGAUCGAGGCGGUCGAGGAUGAAGAUGAUGCGCCGAAAGACAAUAAGAAGAAGAAGGUUAAGGAGCAAAAGAUCACUACCGAGGAGCUCAACAAAACCAAGCCCAUCUGGACUCGCAACCCGUCAGAAAUCACGACUGAAGAGUCAACUCAAUUCAAGGCCAUUCUCUUCAUUCCCAAGCGGGCACCCUUCGAUCUCUUCGAGUCCAAGAAGAAGCGCAACAACAUCAAGCUCUACGUCCGCCGUGUCUUCAUCAUGGACGACUGCGAGGAGCUUAUUCCCGAAUACCUCAACUUCGUCAAGGGUAUCGUCGACUCAGAGGAUCUGCCCCUCAACAUCUCCCGUGAGACGUUGCAGCAGAACAAGAUCCUCAAGGUCAUUCGCAAGAACAUUGUGAAGAAGUGCAUGGAGGUUCUGGCUGAAAUUGCUUUCGGCAAGAACCUCAAGCUUGGUAUCCACGAAGAUGCCCAAAACCGAAGCAAACUCGCCGAGUUCCUGCGUUUCUUCUCGACCAAGUCACUAUAUUACCCGCAUGCCCGAAAUCCAAAAAUCCAUCUACUACCUCACCGGCGAAUCUUUGGCGGCCACCCUGACUCACCAUUCCUUGAGGUCCUCAAGAAGAAGGGCUUCGAAGUUCUGCUGCUCGUUGACCCCAUUGACGAGUACGCCAUCACACAACUGAAGGAGUUCGAUGGCAAGAACUUGAAGCUCAUCUGUGUGUCGAAAGAGGGUCUGGAGCUUGAGGAGACGGAAGAGGAGAAGGCGGCACGUGAGGCUGAGGUUGCUGCCUUCAGCGACCUUUGCACCACUGUCAAGGAUGCUCUUGGCGACAAGGUCGAGAAGGUCGUCAUCUCCAACCGCAUCACCGACUCUCCUUGCGUUCUUGUCACUGGCCAAUUCGGUUGGUCAUCCAACAUGGAGCGUAUCAUGAAGGCGCAGGCACUUCCCAACCCCAUCGUCAAGGAGCUCAAGCGUAAGGUUGCGGAGGACAAGGGCGACAAGUCUGUUCGCGACUUGACCUAUCUGCUCUUCGAGACAGCGCUGCUCACUUCUGGCUUUGCUCUCGAUGAACCGACAUCUUUCGCUAAGCGUAUCCACCGAAUGAUUGCACUUGGUCUCGAUGUUGAUGAGGAAGAGGAGGAAGAGACAACAGAAACCUCGACCGCCCAACCAACGGCUGCCGCCACGGAAACCACGUCUGCUGUGGAGGAGAUCGACUAA